CUAAGUUUUUCAUCUGUUUUAAUAAAUAAAAAGAGAUUGUAGUGAAAUUGUUCCAUACCUGUUCUGAACCUCAACCAGAACCCAUCCAAAACCUUUUCCAGGUCAGGUUUAAUCAUAUUCACGGUUCUGAGCUUUUUAACCUGAACAGAACCAGAACCUCUGAGUUGAGGUACUCUCAGUCACUCUGACGUCUCUUCCUCCAUCUUGUUCUGUAACUCGCACAUUUUCACAGAAAAACUACAAACUUGCGGAGCUACGCGUUGACGUCAGGACCCUACGUCACUGUAGAGGAAUGUGCGGAAACUUCUACCUAGUUUUCUAACAGCGCUGUCCGUCGAAGGUAAACCUUCCCAGAACAGGAAAGUCUCCAGGAAAGUCUUUGGAAGUUCGGAGCUUCCUGUGGGUGGAGCCCCGUCGUCAUGGCGACUCAGACCAUGUUCUCAGCUGGGAUGUUUCCUGUGGGCGUCUCUCUGGUGGAGGACGGGGCGGGCCUCAGCGAUCUGCCCCGGGACACGCUGCCCGCCCCUCAGCUGGUGAUGCUGGCUAACGUGGCGGCGGUGACGGCGGCGGAGGGCGGCGACGGCGGCAGCAUGGCCGACGAGAAGGAGAUGAUGGAGCUGAAGACGGUGGGAUGUGGCUACUCUGACAGUGAAGACGAGGGCGUCAUCAGGUACAGCUACGACAACCAGAACCACCGCGAGGUGUGCAUCGUGGAGUACCCAGAGUCCCCGAACCCGGCCGCCCAGACCGUCGCCAUCAGUGGCAGCAGAGAGGAUGAGGAGAACCCCUCCACUGAGAAACAGCCCCCCUCCUUUAAGCCCCGCCCUUCCACCGUUUCACCCCAACCUGGGGCCAAAGGGGUGAUGGAUGGCGCCCAGAAGAAGAAGCCGUUCUGCUGCAAGCCGUGCCACUUCCAGGGCCAGAACGAGCAGGAGUUCGUAGAGCACCUGAGCACGCACAGCAUCAACAAGAUGAUGGUGGUGCACCAGGUGGAGGGGCGGAGCAAGAGCAAAGCCAAGGAGGCGGAGUCACGGGAGGCUUUGCCAGGCAGGGAGGCGGAGCACGGCAGAGAGGAGGAGCCCAGCAGCGAGGACACGGCCGCCGGCGUGGACACCAAAGGGCUGAUCAGGUGCGAGCGCUGCGGCUACAACACCAACCGCUACGACCACUACAUCGCUCACCUGAAGCACCACAGCAAGGAGGGCAACGACCACAGGGUGUUUAAGUGCACGCUGUGCGCCUACACUACGGUCAGCCAGUACCACUGGAGGAAGCACCUGAGGAAUCACUUCCCCAGCAAACUGCACACCUGCAGCCAGUGUUCCUACUUCUCUGACCGCAAGAGCAACUACAUCCAGCACAUUCGGACCCACACUGGUGUGCGUCCAUUCCAGUGUCUUUACUGCGACUACUCGAGCUCCCAGAAGACUCACCUGACCCGCCACAUGAGGACUCACUCAGGUGAACGUCCCUUCAAGUGUGAGAGCUGCAGCUACCUGGCAGCCAAUCAGCACGAGGUGACCCGUCAUGCCCGCCAGGUCCACAACGGUCCCAAGCCUCUGUCCUGCCCCUACUGCGAGUACAAGACGGCCGACCGCAGCAACUUUAAGAAGCAUGUGGAGCUGCACCUGAACCCACGGCAGUUCCUCUGCCCGCUCUGCAAGUACGCCGCUUCCAAGAAGUGCAACCUGCAGUACCACAUCAAGUCCCGGCACUCUGGCUGCAACGUGGACCUGGAUGUGUCCAAAGUCAAGCUGCGAGUGAAGAAACCCGGUCCGGACGGUCCAGACGACAAGUCUGAGUUAAAAGCAGCCACGCUGGAUGACUCCCCCGCCAUGGAAGACGAUGUGGACGAGGAAGAUGACUCGAGCCCCAUCAAUCUGUCCAUCAGGAGUAGCAGCGGACCCACCAUCAAACCGCCACAGCUAAGCGAGAUUCCCGACAAGGCUGCAAAGAAACGCAACUCCUUGUCUGAGAAGGAGAGACCCGUAAAGGCAAAGGAAGCAGAAAAGAAAGUCUCAACAAGGCAGAAGAAGGUCAAGGAGAAUCCUGUGGAGAACAGGGACGGUAAAGAAGUCCAGACUGCUGCUGGGAAUACUGAUGUCAAAGUGAAGAGACGAGUGAGGAAAGUUCCCACUGGGAAACCAGUUUCCCAGGACCAACCAGAAGAACCUGCAUCCCAGGAAAAACAACCGGUGGGACCCGCUUCCCAGGAAGACCAGUCUGAUCCAAAGAGUUCUGACCAGCAGAUAUGUAAAGACAAAGACUUGAAGGUGAGCUCCUAUAAGGAGAGCAAGAAAAGCCUCAGCAAAACCAGAAAGUCUGGAACCUUAAAGACUCCAGAACAAGCUGAGACACAGAAACCCAUCAGUCCUGAGAAGAGCCAGAAAGGAAAGUGGGUCAAAGAAAAGCCCACUAAAAGGAAAGCAGGACAGAUUCUGGAUCUAUCCCAAAAGUCCUCCAAGAAAAAGUGCCUGAAAGCUCCUGCUGCCAAGAAGUUGCUGUCCAAAACAUCUUCGGAUAGUACCGAGUCCAGUCCGACUGAAAAGGCUAGCAGAGAGGCACCAUCCAACCAGAAAAAGACCAGGACCUCCACCAGGAAGACCUUGGCAGUCGGUCCAAAACCAGAUGAACCGAUCUCUGAAACCAGUCCAUCUUUAGAGGCUAUGAAAGGUUCUGUUCAGCCAACUGGUUCUGGUGAAAUAGCUUUCUCCACAGAUGGGUUGACCCAACCAGAACCUGAUGCUCCUCCCAGCAGACCAUCAGAGAAGACAGAAGGUUCCCAUCCCACCUUCAUCAAACCGUCGGUGCCGCCUCGCCUACUCCUUCCUGGCCAGCGUGGCAGACCGGCCGACGCCGAGGACGAUGAGGGGAUCCACAGCAGCCACGAGGGAGGAAGUGACAUCAGCGACAGUGCCUCAGAGGGCAGUGAUGACUCUGGCCUCAACGGUACCGGUGCUGCUCCAGGAAAGCUGGCCAACGAUCCGGAGACGCCCACCGAGGAGAUCCCCACACCCACCGAACUCAAGAGCCACACGUGCAUCUUCUGCGACCGCACGUUCCCCCUGGAGACGCAGUACCGGCGCCACCUGAACCGCCACCUGGUCAACGUGUACUACAUGGACCCCGCUGCACCAAGAUGAGCUGGUCUUCAUGGUACCUGACUGGCUAUGGAGGGCCAGAAGUGGUUCUGUUGAGGGCUUGGCUCGGCUCAGGCUCUGGUCCAAAAGAACUUAGUCAUGUUUAUAUCUUUGAGUCUGAAACGGUUAUACUCCAGAGUCCACGGUCUGAAGUUCUGACUGCCAGUUCUGUUGAUAUGAACUCCUGACCGUUGGUUCCACUGAUCUGAACUAAUCGGCGCCAGUUCUAGAGGUCUGAACUUUGGACCGCUGGUUCUGUAGGGUCCUGACUCUGGUUUCAUGGUGAAGUCACUCAGUGCCUUAGACAAUCAGCUGCUUCUGACAGGUUCUGGUUCCUGUCCAAAGGUCCAGUUUACAAGACAGUCUGACGUUCUGCUAGCGGCUCACAAUGAUGAUGAUGAUGAAGCUUCCAGCUGUGUAAAUAUCUCAGUGCAAUAGACCAUUUAGUCCAGAGGCCAAAGUGAUUCUUUGUUUUAUCAUGAAGAGAAAUGAACUCAAUCGGAUCCUUCAAAGUAAAGGAGGACAUUAUGGACCGACGCGGUUCCUGACGGACCGACGCGGUGUUAGCAGGAUGCAAAUCAUGUUUUUUAGCUGUAAUCUGUCCUCUCAUCAUUUUGAAUAAACAUUUCAUACCUACCCAA